AUGGCUACUACUACCUCACCUUCACCUUCACCUUCACUCACCAGCAGCAGCAGCAACACAUUGCUCGCCGGCCUCAACUGCACGGGCAACAUCCAUCUCGUCAUCGGCACAAACCCCUUGGCCGCAGCUCGAUGCGCACAGUCUCUGGGCGCCGGAGCGCACCCCAUCGUCGUUGCGCCAGAGACGGCUGAGCUACACUACGGCCUGCAGCAGAAGAUUGACGACGGCAGCGUCAAGUGGGUGCGCGAGGAGUUUGAAGAUGAGCAUCUGUUUCGACUGGGCAGACAAGAAGUUGGACGAGUCGUCGACGCCGUGUUUGUAACGGCGGGAGCAUCACGAGACGAACUUGCCUCGCACAUCUCCUCCCUCUGCAAGCGCAACCGCAUCCCCGUCAACGUCGUCGACGCCCCCCAUCUCUGCACCUUCUCCCUCCUCUCCGUCCACUCCGACGGCCCUCUCCAGAUCGGCGUCACCACAAACGGCCGCGGCUGCAAGCUCGCCUCCCGCAUCCGCCGCGAAAUCGCCUCUUCUCUACCGCCCAACCUCGGCGCCGCGUGCCAUCGUUUCGGCGAGGCGAGGCGACGCAUCCAGCAGCACGACGAGGGGGGCAGCUUGGGUGACCUCGACGACUCCGUCGACCAGAGCGCGCUGUUCAACAAGCUCGUCACCGCCGAGGACGAUGCCCGCCGCAACAGGAGGAUGCGCUGGCUCAGCCAGGUCUGCGAGUACUGGCCCCUGAAGAAGCUCGCCUCCGUCACCGACGACGACGUCCACCGCCUCCUCGAGGCCUACGCCAGCAGCAGCGCCGCAGAGUCAGACCUCGCAAAGCGCAGGCCUCGAGACGACGACGCCGGCCUUGAGCGGCCGCAGGGCAAGGUCAUUCUCGCCGGCAGCGGGCCAGGACACCCAGACCUGCUCACCCGCGCAACCUACAACGCCAUCCAGUCCGCCGACCUCAUCCUCGCCGACAAGCUCGUGCCCUCGGGCGUGCUGGACCUGAUCCCGCGCCGCACCCCCGUCGAGAUCGCCCGCAAGUUCCCGGGCAACGCCGAGCAGGCCCAGGACGAGCUCCUGGCCGCCGCCCUCGCCGCCGCCCGCGCCGGCAAGACGGUCCUCCGCCUCAAGCAGGGCGACCCCUUCAUCUACGGCCGCGGCGGCGAGGAGCUCGCCUACUUCCGCCAGCACGGCUUCGCCGCCCCCGGCGCCGUCGUCGUCCUGCCCGGCGUCACCAGCGCCCUCAGCGCGCCCCUGUUCGCGGCCAUCCCCGCCACCCAGCGCGACGUCGCCGACCAGGUCCUCGUCUGCACCGGCACGGGCAAGAAGGGCAAGGCCCCCUCGCCGCCCGAGUACGUCGCCUCGCGGACAGUCGUCUUCCUCAUGGCGCUGCACCGCAUCGUCGGCCUGGUGCGCGAACUCACCACCGCCGUCGAAGCAGAUCAGGACGGGAAAGCCCCCGAACCCAGCAACACUGUUACCAACACCACCACACCGUCGUCGUCGUCGUCAUCAAGGACCCUCUGGCCCCUCUCUACCCCCUGCGCCGUCAUCGAGCGCGCAAGUUGUCCCGACCAGCGCGUCAUCCGCACCACCCUCGCCCACGUCGCCGAGGCCAUCGAAGCAGAGGGCAGCCGCCCGCCGGGGCUCCUCGUCGUGGGCCGCUCAUGCGAGUUCCUUCACCCCAGGGAGCGAGGCAGGGCGUGGGUCGUCGAGGAAGGGUUCAGGGGCCUGGACGACGAAGGGAUGAUGCCCGCGCAACUCCAGGGGCUUGUGGGAGCGUAA